GCCAGCCGGCGCCCGGGGUAGCCUCGAGCGCCGCGGAGGGGGGCCCGCGGAGGUGGAAGUGCGCGUGCCCGAAGCGAGCGUGGACCAGCACGCCCGGCGCGGCGAGGCAGUCGGUACCUGCUACCAUUCCCAGAUAUACUUUUGCCAUCAUGGAUCGAUUUGGAGAUGUAUCGGAAGGUGAAGUGGACCAUUCUUUCUUUGACAGUGAUUUUGAAGAUGCAAACAAAUGUGAAAGUAAUUCAGUUUUUGACAAGCAAAAUGAUGACCUUAAGGAAAGGAUAGAUAAGGACACCAGAAAUGUAAACUUGAAAUUUGGAAUACAAAAUGAUGACCCUAAAGAGAGAAUAGAUAAUGACACAGAAAAUGUGAACCUGAAACUUAGAAUACAAACAAAGGAAAAUUACCUUAUUCAGAAAGGAAAUGAAAGAAAAGCAAAAAUUUCCUCAAUGGAGCAACAUGUAGAAAAUGAUCAUACACAAACAAGAAAUUCCUCAUUGUUGACCACGUCUUCAAGAUCAAAAAAGUCAUGUGAUGCUACAAAAGGACAUAAAUUACACUUGCCCGUUCCAAAUAGAAUUCCCAAAAUAGUAAAAGGUGAGGAUGAUUACUACACAGACGGAGAGGAAAGCAGCGAUGAUGGAAAAAAAUAUCAUGUGAAGUCCAAGUCAGCCAAGCCCGCUACUAACUUAAAAAAAAGUAAAAAAUAUUCCAAAGUCAAUUCCUCCUCUUCUUUGUCUUCCUCAUCGUCAAGAUCAAGUUCAGACUGCUCAGACACAGGAUCUGACAUCCAAAAGUCUGAAUCAUGCCCAUCUCGUAAACAGGCUUCUGAUGUGUCACCAAAGAAGAGAUGUAAGUCAGGAAGAAAGUCAACAGGUAAACAGCCUUCCAGUACUAAACAAAAAAGUGGUGACUACAAUGAGGACUACGAAGACUCUGUAACAGACGUAACUCCUCUGUCAGCUCCAGACAUCAGCCCUGCCCAGUCGCUGGAGUUGGCCCCAUCACAUGAUCAGAAAGCAAAAGUUAAAAGACAAGAAAAUGUGAACCGGGAUGUUUAUGAGGAUGUGGAGGCUUUAAAGAAUGAAUCAAGAUCUCUGAAAUCAGCCAAAAGGAAAGAGAAGCAUGGGCUGAAUUUUGCUCCAAAAUCAUCAGUGGUAGAUGCAAAUCUAGACCGUAAAGCCAAACAAAAAGUCUUACAUGACACAAUGGACCUUAAUCAUCUGUUGAAAGCUUUUCUGCAAUUAGAUAAAAAGGGACCACAAAAACCUCACUUUGAACAGCCAGCAAUAGUACCUAGGAAAAACUACUCUUUCACAAGAGAAGAGCUGAGACAGAUUGAUCGGGAAAAUCAGAGGCUUUUGAAAGAACUGUCAAGACAUGCUGAAAAACCAGGAAACAAAAGUACAAUAUUGGGAAGAUCAAUCAGCCAUCCCCCUAAGUUGUACCAUAGUGCUCUCAACAGACAGCGGGAACAACAAAGGAUUGAAAGAGAAAAUUUGGCUUUGUUGAAACGGCUUGAAGCUGUGAAGCCAACAGUUGGCAUGAAACGCUCUGAACAGCUGAUGGACUAUCAUCGGAAUAUCAGCUAUCUCAACCCUUCACCAUGCGUCAGACGAGUGAGAUCGACUCUCGGCCAUUACAGCACACUGAGAGCUUCCAGGACAUCCAGUGCGACCAGUGGUCUCAGUAGUAAGACCGACCGAUCACUGCUGGACACAUCCACUGGCUUUUUGCUAAGACCGAAACCCCGGAAUGUUCGUACUGCUUGGUUGUAAAACCUUUCUUAAGAUAAACAUUGUUUGUCCUAUUUUAACAAGGUCUUUGUAUGUAUUACUGUAACUCUUUGCAAACAUCUGUAAUACUUUUUUCAACAACUUAUACAGCAAUGAGUAUAUUUAUUGUUAUUCAGUGCAUAAUUGUUAUCAGAAGACACUUUGAUGUAAAACCAGUGUUUCAUGUGGUGGCAUAUUUAUAGAAGCUAUAUGUCAAUUUAAUAGAGAAAGGUGUUAUGCAUGCAUAGUUUCUCAGUAUAGAAAUUCAUUUGUUAUGCUGACAAACAGCAGUGGUAAUCAUCCACGUUGAAACCAUGACACUCAGUAUAUGGUUCUUACUCUAUAUUAUUUUCAGUUACUAUAAACGCUAAACAAGGAGUUUACCUUGUAAACUUAAGCGCCUUGUGCUUCUGCUUUAGAAUGUCUAACGUGGGUUAUCACCUGAUUUUGUGAGUGUUGUGUUCCUUAUGAAAAAAAAAAUCUUGAAAUAUGUUUUUAUGGAUGAGCAGGUUUAGAUUGACGAAGAGAGUGAGCAGCUUGUACUGGCACAAUUCUUGAUUCCUCAAAGGUGCUUCUCCUUGAGAGUUUGAUUAUCCAUUCCAAACCAUUUCACACUGUGAAUAAUAGGGGUUCACUUUAGAAGCUUCUGGUUUGUGUCUUUAUGUGGUCCAGUAAAACACUCUUAAGGACCCUGAGUAGGCUUGAACAGCCUACCCUCUUGUGACUGGUUAGUAUCCAGAUCAUUAGCAUUAGAAACAAAAGCAAGUAUUUGUUGGAGCAAUGAGCAGCACUCCCAGCUUGAAGAACCAAGAGGCAGACCCAGGGUGUUAGAGCAGUGUUCGAAACAAUCCUGUUAGUGUGUGUGCUGUCAUUGUGUAUUUAUUGUAUUAGUAGAAGGGUCACAGUAAGAAAGAAAUGCUUUCAAGAAACCAACUAUAUUAGAAAGAAACUAACCACACAUUGGCUAAAGCUACUGCCUUAAAUAUUAGUGAAUUUUCUUGGUUUGGUUUGGCUGAACCCUAGAAGCACCAUCUUUACCUGUCUCAAAUUUGAAGGCCUGUUAUCUGAUGGAAGUGCUAGUGGCACAGAGGUGUAAUAGAGCUGACUGUGAAAACUAGGGUAUUCUGUCAGCCCAGAGGCUGUUACUUUAUAGAACGAAGUGUAAUGGUUCAUAGUCAGAACCUUUCCAUUGCUGCUCUUAUCAGUACGUCUUUGGUGACCCAUUUUUGCUAAAAUGUGAAUUUCCCUAGCCACCGAGAGAGCUGAUUUCAGUGCUCCAGCGCUGUAGCGUGUGCGCUUCACCUUCAUUAGCAGAGAGGCAGACUGCACAUACAAACAGCUCCUACAUUGUCGGUCUUAUUUUAAUAGAUUGUGUUUUAGCUACAGCAGCGAAGGUUGGAAGUGGGAAGCCAAGAAAACAAAACUGCUGAGCAUAUACACCAUACACACAUAGACACACAAACAUACAGUGGGUGUGCAUACACAUCACACACAUACAUACAUGUACAAACACACAGUGGAUGGGAACAUAAUGUGACUGAAGGUUUUUCUGCUGCUUUGGGGGGGAGAGGGGCUGAAACAUUCUUUAACAAUUUGUUUCUUUGUUCUAGAGAACAAGAUUUCACACCUGCUUUAUAUACAGAGGAUUUAUUUUGGCUUAGUUUUUAACAUUGUACCUCUAAUGUUGGUGUAACAACUUAAAUUUAAAAUGCAGCGUUUUGGCAUUUGCCCCAAUAGUGAGUUAAUCACUUUUUUUAAAAACUGACUUUUUUGAGGGGAAAAACGUGUAUAUAUAAAAUCUUUUACGUUCACGGUGGCAUUAGCCUAUGAGUACAUUUUAUUUUAUUCUCCCCAAGUUUCAUAGGUAAAGCUAUACUUCGAUUUUAAAUGCUAAUUUAUGCCUUAAUUUUUGCUAUUUGAAAGAAGCUUGUCUAAGUAUUAUUGAUAACAGUUAUUCAAGUAAAGGGCAACCAUCUUUUAAAAACCAUUUACAAUGUUGUGUUAAAGUUGCAUAUAUAUGUGUGUGUGUAUAUGUACAUAUAUAUGAUGACUCAGUAGAUGGGUAGGAAUGACAAACUUAGAAUUCACUGAUCUAAGUCAGGAUACUUUAAGGUUAGGCUCUAGGAGGCCUUUGUAGUGGUGGUAUCGUAAGUACGUUAAUCUCUUCAGCCUCACCAACACAAACACAUGAGGGUCAGCACUGUUGUUCAGUUGGCUGGCUUGUCCUUAUUGCAUAUACUUUGAAGAUCUGCAUCUGUAGCUAGAAAGCUGCUGCUCUGCAGGCUGGUGGACAGAUCUGAGAUCUGGUUUCACCUCUGUCAAGUGUUAGCACCUCAUUUUCCAGUAAGUUCUUAUGAAAGAUUUCAAACUACUAAAAACAUUUCUUAAGGAGCAGCUACUACCUUGUCCUUCCCUACUUUUUUAGUCUGCAUCAAACACUGCACUUAACACUCAUUUGCUUGUAAAAUGCCAUCAUGUAGUUGUGCUCAACCCACGUGUCAAAAAGCGGGAUUACACAGCUUUGAAAGGUGAUUGGGACGGGUCUGCUUCUCCUGCAGAUGAGGGCAGCAACUCCAAAGUGUUAUGAUUACAGUAAAGCUAAAGAUGUAGCCUUGCUCGCUUGGCCACGCAAAGCCUGUAUCGUCGUAAACGCCAACGUCUUAUUGUGUAAACGGCUGUACACCAUCACAGAGAAUGUGCUUACUGCUAAUGGCCAAGUUGCUUAUUUUCGUGAAUAAAGAUUAGCAGGAAACUUUUAAAGCAUCUUUUUAAAAAAUGUUCUAGUUUGUUAUGUUUUAGGCAUAAAGAACUAGCUUAGCCUACUAAAGAAAUAAAAGAUUUAAAAAUAA